UGCCUCUUAGCAGGACUCCUCAUCAUCACGACAAGCACAAUCCAGUUCUCUUCCACCAUAUUGCUGUCUGACAUUAGGGAAGGGCCUAUGGUCGGAUAUGAAUAUGCUUCUGAAGUUCGACCCGGGUUGUCGCACUCUGAACUGAGAUUUGCGGAGAAGAUUCCACGUGACUCUGCGUGGACAAGCAACCCACCUUUCUAUCCUGUCUUUGCAGAAUUUGACGGACCAGGCAAAGAUGUGAUGAUGGGCACCGGAACUCUACUCCGAGCUCUACUCCCAUCCGCGACCGCUGAGGCUAGGCAAAGCAUAUCAUCGUACUCCGGUAAUACUCUCAUAGUCGACGUCAAAGUGACUUGUCAUACGCCUUCCGCCACUGAUCUAUACACUGAUUCGACCUAUGGUCAUAUCAACGGCACUGUAACUCCCUCCGAUGACUCUAUUCAACAUCAAGUAUCCUGUUUACGUGGUGGCACGACGAUUUAUCAGCUGAACCAAGGUGUUAACAUGCCUAGUGGUCUGCUGAAAAGUCAAUUCGAGACUUCAACUGCGCCCGGCGCUGUCCUUCUGGUCACCAUAGAAGAUUUUGGGGGAAGAGAUACUGGGGACUGGUUGCACCUCCCGACGAAGAAUCUUUCCUUGUCCAUCUGCUAUGCGCCAUGGGACGCUGCCAUCCUGAGCGUCAACUUAAUCGGCGAUGCAAAUCGGACCGAGCCCAUGCUCGAGUACGGCAGAUCGAUGGAAAGGUACAAAACAUCAGCAGUAGUGCAACAUUUCCUACCAACUGGAAACAGCACAAUACGUCAAAUGAUGACCAUGGAGAAGCCGCAUAGUUUGCUUGGUAAUUUGCCACCAAGGUACCGACGGUCUGUUGUUCAAAGCCAUACGGGAGGCCAAUUUGCACUUGCAAAAGGGGGCAGCGGGCCGCUUCCUGGCGGAUGGAUGGCGUUCAUGUCCGGAGACCCCCUUGUUACCAUGCUGCGCCGGCUCCCAGGCAAUUAUGCGAACAUAUCGCAUGUGAUGGCCGCUGAUCCAACGUUAGCGGCCAUUUUUAACAACACCCUAGAGACGAGUUCUAUAAGCUGGGCCAUGUCUAGCCUUAUUACUAUCUUGUCCAUGUUGAACUAUCACAGCCAACAGCCUGCCUUUGACUGGGUCGACAAUAUCACGGUAUCAUUCUUUGAGAACGUUCUGUUUCUUGGAGACUAUGUGGGAUUGACAAUCGUCUUGUGGGUGUUGGCAGCUCAUUUCGUCGUCAUGGCAACUCUGAUCGUCAUGUUCGUUCGAGACACGCGCUCGACCCUUUUUGGCAAAGCAUGGUCUGCGCUGGCUCAGGUUCUUGAGUCACAAGAGGUUGAGGAGCAUAUAGUAGGCGCAAGUGAGAAGACCGAUUCAGAGAUCUCAAAAGAACUCCAAAAAUCGCAACAAGGAGGGCUAAGAGCAAGAGUAGAGCACAGGGGAGGUAGUUUUGAAGUUGUAAGAUAA